AUGACAACCCCGACAGAGCGCAACAAAGAGCAGGAUGGUCUGCUUCCGAUUGCUAGCGCCAGAGCAGCACCGACGCAGGCACGGUCCUUCUCGACGAAGCUCAAGAUCCUGAUCUGCGCCGUGGCUUUCACCUUUGUCCUCUUGCGUCACCACAGCUUCAGCUUGAAUGCUGAUGUGGACGCUCGCUGUGAUGAAGCAGAGCUGCCGUCAGCCUUGCGCUGUAGAAAUGCACGCAAGCAUGCCGAACACCUGCUUGCGAGACACCCGCUCAUCGACGGACACGUUGACGUUCCUGUCGUUGCACGAUAUCGCUACGGCAACAAGAUCGAUCGCAUCCCUUUCGACCAACCAGCCUUCCCGAACGGAAGCUAUCCGACCAUCUCCCACGUCGAUAUUCCACGUCUGAGGGCAGGCGAGAGCGGUGGGUUCUUCUGGUCAUCCUACGUCGUCUGUCCUAACGAAACCACCGUCGGAACGAACUUCGAGAACGCCGCCACGGACAUUGCCGUCCGAGACACGCUCGAACAGCUCGAUGUGAUCAAGCAGAUGACCGACCGAUACGCUCACGACUUUGGUCUGGUUGGAAGUGUCGGCGAUGCACGAAAGGCGUUCAAGUCCGGACGGAUGAUCAGCUUUAUCGGUAUCGAAGGCGCACACUCGCUCGGCAACUCGCUCUUUGCUCUGCGUGCAUACGCUUCCAUGUUCACCGACUCGAUUCCGGGACCAGUUCGGUACUUGACUCUGACGCAUACGUGUCACAACGCCUUUGCGGACAGCGCUGGUCAAACACCACCCAAGUGGAAAGGUCUCAGCCCAUUCGCACCGCAUCUCAUUCACGAGCUAAACCGUCUCGCCAUCGUACCCGACCUUUCCCACGUCUCGGACGACACAGCACUUCAGACCAUUGACGUGACAAACGGACCCGUAAUGCUCUCCCAUUCCGCCGCGAGGCAUUUUCAGAAUAUCGCGAGGAACGUCCCUGAUGCGGUGCUGGAGAAUCUCGUCGCUUCCGGAAAAGACUUUGUCGUCAUGAUCAACGCCUACCCUGGCUUCAUUGGCGGAGAAGGAGACCUCGAACAGUACGUGAAGCACAUCGAGUACGUGAGUGAUAUGGUCGGAAGGAAGCAUGUUGGAGUGGGCACCGACUUUGAUGGCAUCAUCUCAGUUCCCAAGGGGCUCGAGGAUGUGAGCAAGUACCCGGAUCUGGUCGCCAGGCUGGUGGAGAGGGGUUGGUCAGAUCGCGAAUUGGUUGGAUUUGUAGGCGAGAAUGUGUUGAGGGUGUUGGAGGACGCGGAGAGAGUAGCGAGGCAGAUGCGAAGGGAUGGAGCGGAACCAGACAAUACCAGCUGGAAGGAUGUGUUCGGCUCGACCGAGCAUGGAGAGCUUUGA